GCCCGUGUGCGCGGGGAGCAGCGCUCCGCUCCGCGGGGCGCCAUGGGGCGGGCGGGCCGCCGGCUGCCUGCGCUGGCAGCGCUCUUCUACGGGGCACUGGCGGCCCUGGUGCUGCUGGGCGUGCGGGACGUGAUGUUCCUCUACGAGGAGAACCGGUGCAGCAUGACCUACAUGUACGAGUACCCCGAGUACCUGAAAAUAAAACUACCCAAGAAAAUAGCCAGACGAUACCCAGCAUAUGAGCUGUAUCUCUAUGGGGAAGGGAGCUAUGCUGAAGAAAACAAAAAUCUCCUAUUGACAGGAAUUCCAGUUCUCUUUCUGCCUGGGAAUGCUGGCAGUUACAAACAAGUACGUUCUCUUGGCUCCAUUGCACUUAGAAAAGCAGAAGAUGUUGACUUCAAGUAUCAUUUUAAUUUCUUCAGUGUCAACUUUAAUGAGGAGUUGGUUGCAUUGUAUGGUGGUAGCUUGCAACGGCAGACCAAGUUUGUGCAUGAGUGCAUAAAAGUAAUUCUUAAGUUGUACAAGGAUCGAGAAUUUGCACCGAGCAGUGUAGCAAUAGUUGGGCAUUCCAUGGGUGGUCUUGUUGCAAGAGCAUUGCUCACUCUAAAGAAUUUUAAGCCUGAACUUGUAAACCUGCUCAUUACACAAGCCACACCUCACGUUGCACCUGUAAUGCCUUUAGACAAAUACCUUACCGAUUUUUAUACAGCUGUAAACAAUCAUUGGAUUCUAAAGGCCCAAGAUUUAAGAAAUUUAACUACCCUUUCUGUGGCGGGAGGAUUCAGAGAUUACCAAGUUCGUUCAGGACUGGCUUUUCUACCAAGAUUGAGUCAACAUGACAGUGCCUUAUCUGUUGUGAGCUCAGCUGUGCCUAGAGCUUGGGCCUCAACUGACCAUCUCUCCAUAGUGUGGUGCAAAGAACUGAUCCUGGCUACCGUUAGAGCUUUUUUUGAUCUCAUAGAUGAAAAUACAAGGCAGAUAACUGAGGAUCCAAAGAAAAGAAUGUCUGUACUGAAUCACCAUUUUGUGAGACACCCUGCAAAGAUGUUUGAGGAAAAUCCUGACACUUUUACACACCUCACAGGAGCUUUCAAUUGGAUUACAGUCAAAGCCUCAAAAUGGACUUACUCAGUUUACAAUGAUUCUGAUGGAAAAUAUUUUGCAUUUCCUCUUGCAAGCCACAGAAAAUCAUACAGUCAUGUUUACUGUGAAAAUAGUAUGUUGGACACAAGUAGCUGGAUUUAUGGCUGCAUGAACACUAAUUCAUCAAUGUGCCUGGAAGCUGCUGAUUUAUCCAGGAGAGCUGAGUUACUUCCAACCACCAAGGUUGUAAUGCUGAAACUUCUGGACUAUCCUUCUUUGUCCCACAUUGUCAUUCAGGUACCACCUGCAGCUGGCAAUAAGUAUACUUUGGGCUGUGAAUUCUUCAAAGAGGAUUCCAGAACAGUCCAGCUCCCUGUAACACAUCUUUUUUCAUUUGGGUUUUCUUCAAGCAAAAUUAUAUUAAAUUCAACUGGAUUAUUUUACAAUGUACAGCUCCAGCACUUCAACCAAAUAUAUCAAGCUUUCAAAAUUUAUAUAGACAGUCACUGCCAGUCACUCAAAGAAAGAAAACCAAGUGUUUACAGACUUCAUAUUCCCUGGUCAUAUGAAGACUCAAUAACUGUGGUGAAAGUUCCAUCUCUUGCUGAGAUUUCUGCCAAACUGCACAUGGCUCAGCCUCACGGCGACAGCAGCCUUCCAGAGUUAAACAUCUACUCUUCCCCAGACUGUCAGUAUGAAGUAAUUCUGAAGACAUCACUUCUACAGGUUCUUGGGCAAAUAGUAAGAUUCCAUGCUGGUGCUUUUCCAGUCUAUAUUGUUUCUAAUAUUCUUCUUACUUAUGGAGGACAACUGAGCACACUAAGAUCAACAGGCCAGUGUUCAGACUUCUGCCUCGAACUAGUUAGGGCAGCAAAGCCCUACAAAGUAGAACCUCUUAUAAGCAUUGUUGUGUUUCUGCAGGGGUUUAACUGGUUUAGAGAGAUAUGGGAAUCACUGUCACUACCAGAGGUGGAUGCUGCUGUACUGAGUAGUCAGGAUGCAUGGUUCCCCCUUGUGUCCCUGAUUCUAUUUCUUUUUGGGACAGGCAUUGCCUACUGGAGUGGAGUAUUUUUCUCUACAUCUCUGAGACUCUUCUCUUCAUUAUGGUUAACUCUGAUUAGACCUACUGAACUUCAGAAAGAUAAGUUGAUUACACCCAGCAGACUCUGUGGGAUGAUAUCUCUUGCUUUGGUUAGCUGGACCACUUGUGGUGCAUUUGCUGUGCUCAUUAUUUAUCUUCAAUACUUGUUCAAGGUUGUAAAACUGCAUGUAACUGUAAGAGCAGAGCAAAACAGGCACAACAGGGAUUCAGGCCACUCAAAAGAAACUUCACAGAACUCCAGUACACACACAGUCAAAGCCCAGAGUUCAGUGGACAGCAUUCCAGAAGAAACACAGUCUCCUUCCAACAGUAAAACACUUGCUGAAGCUAUUAACAGUCUUAAGAUGCACAUUACAGUCCUUAAUUUAUUCACAUGGAUUGUGCUGCUCAACUUGCCAUCUUUAAUUUAUUGGUUAAAAAAUCUCAGGUACAGUGUUAGACUUGAUCCUGAUCCCUGUAGAUCCACAGCUAUUAUCCUCGUAUGCAUCUUAGAAAUUCUCAUGAAUUCAAGCACUUCUGAAGUGAAAUCAAGUAAGCUCUUGAAGAUUGCAGCCAAAGUUCCACUCCCUUUGUCUGUUGCAAUGUUGGCCUUUGGACGAAUGCAUUUAUACAGAGUCCCGCACUUUGUAACCUUUUCUCUUCUUCUACAUGUGCUCUGCUGUUUGUGUAAUGUUCAUUCUAUGUAGGACAAUGCACCCUAGAAACUUAACACUGGAGAUGGGAAAAAUUGCAACACAGAAAUGCCUAAACUAAUAUGAUCAGUAGUUUACAUUAUGUGGGAAAGAGGACAGAACUGUGAAUACUUUACAGAAAAUUCAUGGGUUUAUUCAUGUUGCUUAGAAAACUUUUCCUGGUGUUUAUUUCAUGUCUCUGAAAAUGGAGUGAUUUAACUGUGUAUAAGCACAUGACUCAUAUCAGUGCAACAUCUCAAUACUCUGCCUUGUAGACACUUUGGUAUUUCACUGUACUGCUUGUGAAAACAGACCUUUUUUACUCACUGUGCCAUGCAGUGUCUGUGUUCUGAACUUGCAUCUCUUGCAGGUCUAAAGUAUGCUGGUUAAAACUCAAUACAUUUCAAGCACACUGUGACUAUCACAAAAACCACACAGCCAAGUAUACUUUGAAUUACUUUAUGUUAUACCCAGAAGUUGCCACAUUUGUGUCUAGACAAACUAGAAUGUACUGCUUAUAUAGAACUGUUAUUUCUAUCAAAUCAUUUGUUCAAUCAGUGUGAGUUGAACAUUGGUGAGAUUAUUGCAAGUCUUACACAUUUUACUUUUUGUGAGAGUGAGAAGACGACAGUAUUCUAUGUAGCUUUCUAUUCAGGAAGGAUACCAGCAGAUUCAUAAACAAUUUGCUGUAAUGUUGUUUUAAAACAUUGUCAGUUUUCUCUGGAAUUUUGAAAUUAAUCCUUGGACUUUGUCCAUAUGUAGAAGCUAGCAAACACUGAGAUAUGGUGUGAGUUAACAAUGCAUUUCCUGCACUCUUUCUAAGUAGACAAGGCAGGCUUUUUUCCUACUGUAAACAGAGAACCAACCAUCUCCUAAUAAAUGCCAAUACAUAAAAUUAAUAUGGAAUAGUUACAACCCUGCAAGCUCCUGUCCUGCCAUACAGUGCUAACUUCUGCAUGUGGGCAAACUCAGUGAUAGUGGGAAAUACUGACCAUAAUUAUUAGCUCUAUAUAAAUUCUAUCUUAGUGCCUAGAUGCUACAGUGACUGCCAUUUAUAAUAAAGCCUACAAUAGCUAUGUGUAAGGAAUUCUGUCCCCUGGGCGUGUGUUUUGCCAACAGAAGAAAUCUCAGCAGUCCUUAGGUUUAAAUGAUGUAUUGAUUCUGUGUAGAGAUGAGCUUACUACUUGCUUCUGUGUUAGCUGUCUCUGCUGUGUCUGAGAUACCUGUGACCUUCAUCUGGAAAUACUAGACCAGCUCAAUCAUCUUAUAGGAAUAGCAAGAGGAAAUCUGCUGCUCACAGUCAAUCAAGUAUACUCUUGAUACAGUAGUACAGCCAGCCUGACCCAUUAAUUCCAUCAUAUCUUAAUAAUCUUGCCUAAGUGCCUCCGUUAUUUCUAAGGUGUUGUUAGGGUCAAUUCCUUUGAGCUGGCUGGAAAGACUCAAUUCACACAGUGACUUUCCAAAAUGAAGGACAAACGUGAAGAAAGCCAUGUGUGUUUUGUUUGCUUAUAUCCAUGUCAGCAGUUCAAAUUAUUAAUAAGUCAUUAAAAGUGCUGUAAGUGAGUAAGGGUAUUGUAGUUAGCCAAACCACUGUCACUGUUAACAGUAAUCUAUGUGCUGAUACUCUAGUCUUAACCUUUUCAAAAAAGAAGGUUAGAUUAUAUAUAGUCUUUGUAAAUCAGAAAAGUUCUUUGAAUAGUUUACAUCUUGAUAUUUUCUAAUCAAAUGUAUUUACAUUAAUAUAUGUAUAUAGGAUAAUUUGUGUGACUCAAUAUACUUGUAGCUAAAUGCACCAGUUGGUUUAACUAGAAAUUGCUGUUCAGACAUAGAAGAAUAGAGUUGUUGUACUUGCAAAUGGCUGUGAAUGAAAGAUGGUGGCAGAACUGCUUUUAGGGCUGGCAAAGGGCUGUGAAAUGUGCAGGGUCUGAUUUCUGUGGAAGAAAGUUUUCCUUGACUUCUGCGGUCCAUUUGGCUUACUGCUCUAUUUUACUUCUGAUUUUGUUUUGCCACCUUAACAGGCUCUUUCUGCAUGAAUCCAUUUGUUGGAACUGUUGGAAAUGAAACAGACUUGAUAUUUAGUAUCUUUGAUAGCUUUCAAAAUAUGCCAUAAAAUGAAACCUACUGAAUUACAGCAGCAUAGGGUAACACGAUUUUUUUUUUCAUUUGAUGAUUUUUUUUUUUUUUUUUAGCUGGAGUUCUAGUGAUGAUUGUUAGAACUCUUCAUAAAGUGAGUUUUGGUAUCUUGUGUAUUUUCCUGCCUGAUCUUCAAGUUGGAGGUAGGAAUAGGUAUAAUCCUGAGUCUGAGAUCCCAGAUAACAAGAGUUUUUCACAUCUCCCUCAACACUCCCUUUUCUCAGAGAUGGUUUAGCUUUACUGGGGAAAGGAAGGGAAGUCUUAGUCCUGUUUUGAAUUUAAAUGCCUUGUGUGCCAUUUAAUAGAUUUAAACUGUUGUCAGGGAUGUGUGUCUGGAUUGUGCAGUGAUCAUGGACUGGACAACUUCAACUAUUUGGCGGAUUAGGAGUCUAAUCCCAAUUAGAUUUGCCAUACAAUCAAUGGAUAGUAAUAGGAUUAGAGCAAGUCUUAGAAUUCAUCCCAUUCUGAGAGAGGAUGAAUUCUCCUACUUGUCAUUCUGAAAAGGACUAAAUUUUGUAACAGUCUGAAAACAGUUGUUUUUCAGGUAAAAUACAAUGAUUGUUUGCUGUUACUUUUGGACAAGAAGCUUCUGUUAGGUGAAUCUGUAGUUCUGCCACUGUUCAGUUAUCAUUUCAGCAGAAACAUAUGAUAACCCAGUAUAUAUAUAUAUAUAUAUGCUGUUAAUUGCAUGUAUAAAGGGAUGUAAAUAUUACUGAAAUAUCCUUUAUUAUGAGUGGGCUGCAUUUAUAAAACAGCUUUUGGCAAAUACAUUAUAAUGUCUCUUACCACCUUCGAUUACAUUAAAAUUCUCCUUUAUUCUUCACAUUUUAAAAUAUCUAGACUGUGUGGGAGGAGACCAGGGCACAAAUUGUAAGGGUUUAGACCUCAGGAUGCAUUUAAAAUAAGAACUAUUUAUGUGGAUCUAAUACAAUUUUUUUAUAAGCUGUCAGACACAGAAUGAGGAAACAGGGUAAGAACUUAAAAUACUAAAUGUCACUAACUUUUGGUACAGCAGAAUCUUUCUUUGACAGGGAGAGAUUUAAUGAGAAGCUUUUGGUGAUAGCUUCAUACCCUGAAAUUACUCUGGAAGUCUAUAAUCUUUUCUGCUUGAUGUCAUCAAACAUGUUCCUCACAGUCUCAUCAUUGCUGCAUGACAUGUGUAGUUAACACUUCAUAGAAAGUCUCUAUGUGUCUGAUAAGGAAAAACUCACAUUUUCACUGGAAUGACCAAGUGUACCUUGGAACUGAGUGAAUUAUGUUGUCCAAAGCUAAUCUUCUUAGUUGUGAUUUAAAAGUUGCUGUGCAACAUUUAGAAGUUGCAAUGUACAUUUCAGCAUCCAUUUCAAAGAGGAUUGGUUUGGGGGUUUUUGUGGGAGGUGUCUUUGUAUGUUUUAUUUCCAAGAAACCUGCAGUAAAUGGAAUUUAAGUUAAUAUUAUUUCUGACAUUUAGAGUUCUGCCCUGAUUUUGGUUUUGAGUGAGCUAAUUCACAUAGCAAAUGAUUCCUUACUAUUAAUUUGCUACGUUUAAAAACAAAUAGAUGAAUAAUGACAAAACUGUAAGCAGUGCAGUAGUAGUACAUUAUAGAAGGCAUAGAGACUGCUGGUAUAUCUAAGUGAAUUUUUCAUCUAUAACCUAAUUGGACUAACUUUAAAGUAAUUGAGUAAUAAAAUAAAAUGUAUUGACAUUUAACCUCAAAA